CUUCGUUGCCGAUUGAGCCCCUCCCAUCGAUAAAAAGACACCCUGUAUCACGGCCACUCGGUUUGACACUGUUUUGCUAGAGGGGUUGAUGUCUCUCCCAUCAUACGGGUGGGUGUGUCCGUGCACGGUUUGGCUCAAUCCAUUGUUCGUCCAAGUCCGUUUCUUCUUGAUUAUUAUGAGACGGAAUUCGCAGGGGAAGGUUCCUGAUAUUUUCUGUCUGCCGCCGAUGACGUUUUCGCAGAUGUUACAGUAUUUUGCACUGCUGGUCGUAUUGAGCAGUAGCGGUGACGUAGUCAAAGCUGGUCGAAGGUCUGGAAAGGUUUUUAUUUAUUCAGGACACCCUGGGGAUAAAGGAGCCGCUAAAGCAAAUACAGCGCUGAUGACGAGGAUGUUGCAACAGCUGGGAACUGGAGAGACACUGCAUGUUCCAAAUGAUACUUUCUGGAUGACCGGAGGUCUCCGCGCUGUUGACCUCGCACGAGAUGUCACUAUUGUUCUUGACGGGACUUUGAGCUUCCUCCCUGGGCGAGAGGGUUGGCCAACAAAGAAUUGCUCGGAUGGCCAUCACAAUCCACUUCAGCCGGUCAAAGAUGGAACUUGUGUGCAAGAGGCGUUUUUCAUCGCGAACGUCUCAGGCCUGAGUCUGACUUCGUCCGAAGGCAUGGCUGGCACCUUGUUUGGCAGUGGUGAAUCCUGGUGGGGCUAUCUUUCUUACCUGAAGCACGGGGAGGAUCGUCCUCGCUUGCUUUCCAUUGUGAACGGGACAAGUAUGCUCGUUGAGCGUUGGCGUUUUGAGCAGUCCGCAUGCUGGACUUUCACAGCGUUCGACGUGCUAGACCUUGAAAUAAGACACUGCUUCAUCAGCAACAGGGUCUCAAAGACAGACGAUUGGCAUGACGUGUGGAAUUUGGACGCAUUCAACACUGAUGGUUUCGAUGUGGCCGGCAAAAAUAUUCACAUCCAUGAUUCUGAAGUCUGGAAUCAGGAUGAUUGCUUCACAAUACAACCCCUGGAUGAUACAGCCACCAAUGCAAAAUGCACCGAGAACGUUCUCGUGGAAAAUGUGAACGCAAGCGGUCUCGGUCUAACUGUUGGAGCCAUUCAUCCCAGUCGUGGGCAUACUUGCAUUCGUAACAUAACCUUCCGACAUGCCCGCAUGCACCAUACAUUCAAAGGUAUCUAUAUCAAGAGCGGGAGCAGUUUUGAUCCAAAAGCCUCUGGUGAGAUCACCAAUAUCCUGUACGAUGAUAUUGUGAUGGACACUCCUUCACAAGUGCCUAUCUGGAUUGGCCCAGCCCAGGAAGCUGACUCCAAAGGCGCUUGCUCCUUGCUUUGGCCCAAGCUAUCGAAUUACUGCCCUCCUCCCCCCCCAACAGUUGCUUGGACGAACAUCACGCUCCGCAAUAUCCAGGUCUUGAACGCCAAACAGAGCCCAGGAGUCGUCCUUGGAAACCCCGCUCAGCCCAUGCAGGGCCUCCUCUUCGAUAACGUCGUCUUUUCGCCUGCAGACUCCUCCAAGGGUCCGUGGGGAGACAAGUUCUACUACUGCGAAGGGGUCGGUGCGGGAGCGGCGGUGAAUGGAUCUUUUCCAGUUCCGCCCUGCUUCGAUGCACGUCCGGAUGUGGUGAUCUAAGUUGUCAGAUUCAUAAGUUUUCUGUGUUGUUUUCAACGGCGGAUUUGCAUUAUUGCGUUUCGGAGGUCUUUCAGUCUCAGGUAUGCGACCAGGACAUGGAUCUGAAAGAUGCAGUUCGCAUGACCGUUACGGCAAUGGAGGUGGUUCACGGUAUCAUUAUGUGCGCAUUCAGAGGCGAUUGCGCUCGAUAUGAGUUUCUGGAGGUGUGGUGGGGUGCUCUGUACCGACCUGGUACAAGUCAUGUGUGUCAAUCGCACAGGCAAAUUCGUUGGAGGAUGUUGUCACAGAAGAGUGGAGGGAUGUAAUUGGAUAGCG